GCACAACCGAAAGGACCUCCGUGACGAGUACACACGCAAGGCCAGGCAGGGCUACCAGGAGAAUCGGGUCCAACGCGAAGAAUUUCGACAGGCCAAACACACGGAAGUUCCCCCCGCUUCGUUCAUGGACAGAGCACUGCCGGACGUCGCAGAGUCGCAGGACUUCGACGGUCGUGGCAUUUUUCGCUACACGGCCGAGGACCCACUGGUGCAGGAGAAACAUAUGGGUCGCGGCACGUACGGGGAGAUUUUCGCUUGCACGUACCAGGGCCUGAAGUUAGCCUUGAAAGUGGCCGUUCGCACGCCGGACAGGGAGACUGCACUGUUGGACGUGCACCAAGACGGUCUCGAAAAGACGUGGGACUUGACCCGUGAGUUCACUCUUUUGAGCCAGAUAGGACCUCAUCCGAAUGUUCUGCGACUCUAUGCCUUGCUGACAUCCUCGACUGGGCACACGGGAAUUCUAAUGGAGCGGGCUUCCUGCGACCUCUUGAAGGCCACACGGGACUUGAAGACGGACGACCUUCAGGACGGAGUUCCCUGGAGCACACGACGAGCCCAAGUAACGACGUACUUUCGGCAGACACUCGCAGCUCUUACAUUUGUGCACAGCAAAAACAUCGUACAUUUGGACGUGAAAACGAACAACUUCCUCGUGUUUCUCCUCGGCGAGCGGGUGGUGCUGUCCGACUUUGGUUUUUGCCGAGCUUUGCCACUCAAUGGAAAAGCAAAAGUCAGAGCUGACGAAGUCUACACGACGUACUACCGGCCGAUCGAGUGCCUUUACUCCGGGGACGGCAAGGUGGAGAUCGGCCCGAAGGCGGACAUGUGGGCACUCGGUGUGGUGACGUGGGAUUGCUACGCGAAGACGACACGCUCGCUGUUCACUCCCGACCCGAAGGGCUUCGUCAAGCACACGCCGACCAUCUCACAAGCGCUCGUUCGUUUCCAGACUGCAUGGCGCGAGAGAGCACGCGACCUGCACUUGCUGGACGACGACAUCGCUGCACACGUUUUCGGUUCAUGCUUCACAUUGGAGCAGGACAGGCGCAGCUCACUCGAUUUGUUGAAGGAUUUGCAGGGCCGUUUCACGAGGACAAUUCAGUCGCUGGACGAAGAAGAGGAGCCGUAG